AUUCCAUUCACUUCUUCCACAAUUACAUCCAAACCCAAUCUUCUUCUUCUGCAAAACUCAAUAUUCCUCUUCUCCCAAAUCAUCACACAUUCCUCUACAUCCCUUCUCUACCCUCUUAAACACUUUUCUUCCCUGUUUCUCCAUGCGCGGAUUGGAAAAUCCGAGAUUGAGAAUCUAACGGCGCCAAAAUUGAAGCAGAGGAGGGCAAAAUAUUUGAUCUUGGAAUCGAGGGGUGUGCAACGAUGAGACUAAACGGAGAAAUCUCAAGCGGGGAAGACGAAAAGGAGAAGCAACCGGGAACAACAACGUUUUCGGGGCAGAAAGUGGUGGUUGGGUACGCCUUAACGUUGAAGAAGAAAAAGAGCUUUCUGCAGCCAAGUUUCACUGGCCUUGCACGGAACAAGGGGAUAAUCUUUGUUGCUGUUGAUCUAAAGAAGCCACUACCAGAACAAGGUCCUUUUGACAUUAUCUUGCAUAAGUUAUCAGGGGAGGAGUGGCAUGAUAUUAUUGAGGAUUAUAGGCAAAAACAUCCCGAAGUAACUGUCCUUGAUCCUCCAGAUGCAAUUCGACACUUGCACAAUCGCCAAUCCAUGCUGCAAGAUGUGGUGGAUCUGAACUUAUCCGAUUGUCAUGGCAAGGUUUCCAUUCCACGUCAGUUGGUUAUCACAAAAGAGAAAGACCCGUCUAGUAUCCCUUAUGAAGUCACUAAAGCUGGGAUGAAGUUGCCAUUAGUUGCAAAACCGCUAGUUGUGGAUGGCACUGCGAAGUCACAUGAACUAUUUCUUGCUUAUGACGAAUUCUCUUUAUCAGAGCUUGAACCUCCACUAGUUCUACAGGAGUUUGUCAAUCAUGGUGGCCUUCUUUUUAAGAUUUACAUUGUCGGGGAAACCAUAAAGGUUGUGAGGCGUUUCUCUCUUCCUAAUAUCAGUAAGCGUGAGCUAUCAAAAGUUGCAGGUGUAUUUCGUUUCCCAAGAGUUUCAUCUGCAGCAGCUUCUGCAGAUGAUGCUGAUCUAGAUCCUGAUAUCGCAGAACAUCCCCCGACACCUUUAUUGGAGAGGCUUGCGAGAGAGCUCCGUCACAGAUUGGGACUCCACUUGUUCAACAUAGAUAUGAUUAGAGAAUAUGGAACCAAGGAUGUGUUUUACGUAAUCGACAUCAACUACUUUCCUGGGUAUGGGAAAAUGCCAGGUUAUGAGCACGUAUUUACAGAUUUUCUACUUAGCCUAACGCAGAGCAAGUUUAAGAAGAAACUUACGACUUAAACUGGAGGAAGUUAGUAAGAUCCACUUAGCAGCCUGUUCUUGCUGGUGGCUUUCAUAAAACUUUAUGCAAGCGGCUUUUGAAUGCCAAUGAGCCACCAAAAUAUUGAAAAAAUGUUGAAAUAUAUAGAUUUCUCAAUAAUCAGCGAAAAUUGCUUUUAUUGUUAUGUAUUUGCUUAUCCAAGUUAAUGUAAAUUUUGGUGAUGCCAAAUUGCUGAAGGUCCGAAUUUUCUA